AUGUCUCGCAACAAAGACAAGCACGAGGGCGCGAGCGGGCGCCAAUAUCGCAUCAUGUCGGAUGCGGAGCGGGCAUCUGGCAGGCGCGGAGGCUGGGCCACGCUUGAGGUAACAGGAGGUGUGCGCGCGCUGGCGCCGCAACUGUUCCAACUGGCGCACCUCACCGAGUUAUACCUCAACGAUAACUCGCUGCAGCGCAUACCGCCCGACAUAAACCAAUUGAGCAAUCUACACACGCUCGACGUUUCCAACAACAAGCUCCGCUCACUGCCCGCCGAGAUGGGUGACCUCAUACAACUCAGAGAGUUGCACCUGAACAACAAUUACUUGAGAGUGUUGCCAUAUGAGCUCGGCAAACUGUUCCACCUUCAGCUCCUUGGAUUGCAAGGGAACCCGCUCAGCAAGGAGAUGCUCUCCAUUUACAACGACUCCAACGGGACCGCGAAGCUGCUGACUUACAUGCUCGACAACUUACAAGGUCAGUGCAAGCCAUAUUUAACCUUACAUCCUUUUAGUAAUGUCCAAAAACAUACUUAUGACGUUACAUGA